UUAUCUAAGAAUGGCGUGAUUGCCAGUAUGUGCAGUCAGACUUUACUGAAAGAAAAUCUAACUUUAACAGCAGAGUGGCUUAGCAUGGCUAAGCUGUGAUAUUCAACACGCCACCAAACCUGCCUCCCAAGCCCAGCCCCUUGAAUUCAAGAGUGAAACUGAUUGUGUUGGAGCGACUUGCCUCUGAUAAGAGUCAGCAUGGAUGGAUGUCUGGGACAGCAGUGACACAGAACAAUGACUGGAUACUUGUCCUUUGGAGCAAUACAGAAACACUAAUGUAACCCGAAGAAUGAACAACCAGGAAACAUCAGCAAACACCACUGAAACAAACUUUGAGGGUCCUGCUUCGGCCAAAGAGAGGAAGGUGAUCCACUUCUCCAGCGGUGAAACUCUUGUAGUUGAAGACAGCGAGGAGGAAGAGGUGGAGACGUCAAACAAAACUCCCUUUGAAGAACCUAAACAGAAGACUCGGCUAUCGUUCAAGAAUGUGGCCAUUCUAGUUGGGAGGUUUUCACUGCUGGCCUGUGACUUCCUUGGGGAAAGAUUGGCUGGUGCUCUUGGACUCAGUGCAGCCAAAUACCAGUACGCCAUAGAUCGUUAUCAACAUGAUCACAAGACAACAAACAGUCGAGCUUCAGAUGACCUCAAGAAGGGACAGGCAGAGACCGUGACACUCUCUCCCAGGUCUGAUUGGAGUCAUUACGGGGCCACAGGAGAUGUAAGCUGUCCUGCCAAUCCCCAGGAGAGCUCUGAUGAGAAACAAAUGGCUGGAAAAGAAGGAUGUCACAACAAGGGCUAUCAAGCGGACGAGGAGCACUUGAAAUGAAUCUCAGAGAAGAAAAGCAAAAGAAUGUGAAGUCCCCAGGAUGGAAUGUUACAACAACGUGAAGAAUAAAAAGCUAACAAAACAAA